CAGGGAAAGCCCUUCCAUCGCCAAAUUAAACCCGCCGCAACAUCUUUAGCACAUUCUCCAGUGGCAGCGACCUGGGACUGCCCACCGCCCUCCCACCGCCCUCCCAUGCCCUGCUUUGCCCUGUUCUGCCCUGCCCGUACGUUGCUUGCCGACGACCCCGGUGCCUGUCCGUGCUUAUUUUUCUCUCUCCCCAGCUGAGCUGCUCGCUGUAUGGCCGCUGCGUGCUGUGUUUGUGUCACGUCCCCAUUUUUGGACGCCGCGGCCACGAGCUAGCUGCUAGCAAGCCAUAUUUGAAACCCUCGUUCCUCUGCCCGCCCUCUCCCACGCACACACCCACUACCUACCUUACUUACCUACUAGGCACUUGCCAACCUUUCUACUCACACACCUCUUCCCCCCUCCAUCCCCCUCUUCUUUCUUCCAUUCUCCAUGUGCGGAGCUGCUGCUGGUUCGCAACCUCGCCCUUUGACCUUGUUGUGACACCAUAGCCCGGCUCCCGGGAUAUACUUCUUGCCCUUCCAAACACUCGCUCGUGUAAAUAUUUCCACCCGGCCCGCCUGGCAGCUGAGCCCACAAACGCUCUUCCUUUCUUCUCCCUGCCCGCUCUCUUGGCCUCUCUGCUCGGCCAUCACCAGAGCCAAGGGUCUGCCUGCCAUCUGGCCCCGCGCCAUACACACAGCAACCGGCCAUGUUGGCCUCAAAGUCUCCAUUCUCGCCCGCGCUGGGCGCGCCCGGCCCCGGCAUGGUCGCCAGCGCGCCCCAGGCCGCCUAUGCUCCCGCGAGGAGGGCGGCCCCGUUCCCGUCGAAUGCCCAGUCCUUCAGCCCGACCGAGUCCGAGUUCUCCGACGACGCCCAAGACUCUGUCAAGCACUGGGAUGAGGACAAGGUCUGCGAGUACCUCCGCACCGUCCGAUGUGGUGAAUACGAGAAGAUAUUCCGGAAAAACCACAUCACCGGCGAGAACCUGCUCGAGAUGGACAAGGACGUCCUCAAGGAGAUGGGCAUCGACAAGGUCGGCGACCGUGUGCGCCUGUUCCUCAGCAUCAAGAAGCUACGGACCAAGGCUAUUGCUGGACAGAAGAAGCGGACUAGGGACUCGUUUGGCCCUCUCGAUAGCCAGUACGCCCCCUCAACCGACUCUCCCCGACAGCCCCAUUCUGGGGGCCGGGCCAUGCCCACCUCGGCGAACAGGCGAUACUCGCGCCAGAUCGACUCGCUCGACGCCGGCAGAGCCGCGACCUCGUCGAGGCCGAACUCACCCCUCCACAGCGCCGAAUUCCGCAACGGCCGCUCACGGUAUCCCUACCCGGGACAGCCUACGCCCCCAUCCGGCUCUAGUGGCAUCCCUGGCUCCCCAGAGAGCCGCUCUGCACCACGAUCGAAUCAGGACGUCAUUCGAGUCAUCUCUACCGGCGGAGUCACCAAGGUCGUCAAGAUUGCCGACUGCAACACCUGCGAGGAAGUCAUGCGCGUCACGCUCCGCAAGUUCGCCCUCCGAGAGGACCACGAGAGGAACUACUGUUUCUGGGUUCUGUCCGGCACCAUCCCUGACCCCAAGCAGUGCCGCCGCCUGGGUGACACGGAGAUGUGGCGUGUUAUCAAGGAUGAGAAGCGACCCGAGCGCAACCGCCUCAUCCUCCGCCGCGUCCCCGCCGGCGAGCCUGGCAUGGCCGAGCUCGAGAGGGCUGCCGCCAUCGCCAUGGAGGAGGCUCAGCAGACCCACACGCGUGCUAUGGACAGCAUCGGUUCGCGGAGCCAGCUGAAGGUGCAGAAGGUUCUCGGCGAGAGCUGGGACAAUCUUCAGCCCCCACUCUCCCCCGUCUCGUACCAAGACCGCGAGAGGAAUGUUCACAACGCCGCCCGCGAUCUCGAGCGACCUGCCCCCUCGCAGCCGCGGAGGAAGGUGCUGAGGCAGUUCGGCGGUUUGAGGCCGCCCAGUGAACUGAUCGCCUCGGAUCUGACCACGUAUUUCCCUGACCACAACCGUGAGGACAUCGACCGGACCGCCCGCUUGUCCAUGCGGCGAUCUGCACGCCUUAGCAAGGUCAACAGCCGUCUCAGCGUUGCUAGUGGCUUCAGCAUGGCGUCAAGCAUACAGGAUGUGCCGCCUAUCCCCACAAUCGCCGACAGCUGGCUUGCUACGGCCGCCAUCCCCAAGGCCCGACCCCGUGAUCUAUCGGGCCGGCUCGGUUACAGGGACUCGGUCGCCUCGUCCAUGCUGGAUACCCUACAGGAGGAGGGCUCGAUGGAGCCGAACCGCAAGUCAUACGUCUCGUUUGCCGACAGUGGUUCCGACACUGCCGCCGUCAGCGUGACGGACCCUGACGGCAAUGUCGUCCGCCAUAGCUAUUUCGAUGAAGGUAGUACCAUCGGCUCCGGAUCAGCUGGCUCUGGCUCUUUCGGCGACGUGAGCAAGGCACUCGACGAGGACGGCGAGGACGCCGACGAGGACCUGCAGAGCUUCCUCUCGGGCGAGUCCUGGGAUGACAGCAAGUGGAUGAAGGGCGCCUUGAUCGGACAGGGCUCCUUCGGAUCUGUGUACCUGGCCCUGCACGCCAUCACGGGCGAGCUCCUGGCGGUGAAGCAGGUUGAGGCCCCUUCGCCUGGUGCCAACAGCCAAAACGACGCGCGCAAGAAGAGCAUGAUCGAGGCGCUCAAGCGCGAGAUCAGUCUGCUCCGCGAUCUCCGCCAUCCCAACAUUGUGCAGUAUCUCGGCUGCGGAUCCUCGGCCGAAUCGUUGAACAUUUUCCUCGAGUACGUGCCUGGCGGCUCGGUUCAGACCAUGCUGAACUCUUACGGCGCGCUCCCGGAGCCCCUUGUUCGCAGCUUUGUACGCCAGAUCCUCAACGGUCUCUCAUACCUGCAUAACCGCGACAUCAUUCACCGUGAUAUCAAGGGCGCCAACAUCCUUGUGGACAACAAGGGAUUCAUCAAGAUCUCGGAUUUCGGAAUUUCCAAGAAGGUGGAGGCGACCAACGUCCUCAACGGCGCCAAUAACGCCAAGCACCGACCGUCGCUGCAGGGUUCCGUCUUCUGGAUGGCACCCGAGGUGGUUAAGCAGACCAGCUACACGCGCAAGGCCGACAUCUGGUCACUCGGCUGUCUCGUUGUGGAGAUGAUGACGGGCAACCACCCCUUCCCUGACUGCACGCAGCUGCAGGCCAUCUUCAAGAUCGGCGGUGGCAAGACGACGCCGACGGUGCCCGACGAUGCGAGCACCGAAGCCAAGGAUUUCCUCGCUCAGACCUUCGAGAUGGACCACAACAAACGGCCAAACGCCGAUGAGCUCAUUCUCAGCCCUUUCCUGUCUCCCAUCACUUGAAAUGGGGAUCGCCAUAAUAUCCUCGAGUUCGGAAGAUUUGGCGCUUUCUCGAUGUCUGCCAAGCUGCGUUUGAGCCUUUCUAUUUCAACACAUCGAUACACAACACUUACACUCCUUCGCGCCCACAAGCUGGUUCGCCUAAUAUUCACUUCCCGACCAUCCCUCGAGUUUUAUUACCCACUUUUUCUUGCUUGCCCCAGUUCCAAUUCUCGGCUUGGUCCUUUUCUUUUCUUUUACGAAAUCACGAAUACAAGGUACCCAUAGGCGUGAUUGGCAUCGUUGUUGGAGUUGGGACAUAUAGGAGAUAUGAUAGCUAGGCUUUUCUCCUCUCUUGGUUCUCGCUCUUAUCUUCUUUGGACUUUUCUUCUCUACCCUGAUCGUGGACUCAUGUCGUGAAUGCGGCUUGGGUCGGACGAGAUUUAACAUGUAUAUCGAGGGGAGCAAGAUGCCAGGAGCUUCAGCUCUGGACACGCUGCGGAGGUUUCCCUUUUGUUUUGUUUGGAUAGCAGCCAAGCGAGAACAUCGAUGGCACAUCUACUCAUUUCCCCCUUGCCGAUCUUCUUCAUUUGGUCUUCGUAUGACUCUCCUAGUGUGACGAUGGGCACGUCGAAUCGUGUCUCUUUUUUGUACAACAUGGGUUGGUCUCGCAUCUACAACCAGGCGGUAACUCUACCGCCCUUGUCCUCCCGCCGCGCCUCUGUCCUAGGGUUUCAGCCCUAGUUGAUAGGAAAGAUAUCUUACUCCGACUUGUGCCCUUUUGAAGCAUGAUUAUAUCGGGUUCCGCCCAAUACGGUGAC